CUUCAUUUAUUUUCUGCGGCUGUAUAUAUAGUAUGUACAUAAAAAAAUAAAGGACACAAAGUGACAGUAAUGUUUAUAAAAAUAAACUUUGUUUAGUCUACAUCUGGUGUGGCAUGAGAGUAAAUUAAUAAAUUAUGAGAGAAUUUCUUUGGGGUGAACCUUUAAGCAAGUAAUGAAAAUGUGUGUUGCAUGCAUGUAUCACCCAGGUGGAAUUUGGUGACUAUGAACGUCCAUUUUGUAGUCCGGGUGGAUCAGGAGCUUCACAGACUAAAUCUAAGCAGACCCUGAAACAGGUUCUGGAGCGUUUCUACCCGAAGCAUUACAGACACACCUGUACCGAGGAGCACAUGGGGCAGUUACUACAGAGGCUGUCCACCCGCUGGGCAUCUCUGAGGGGUCGGACUUCCUCUGAAUGCAUACGAAUCUACAUGACCGUAGCUCGGAAGUGGACGCUUUUUGGAGCCAAACUAUUUGAGGCGGAGCCUUUAUCUCCAUCUCUGCAGAACAACAUGCGCGUUUGGCUGGCAGUACAUGAAAAUGGAGUCAUCGUACUGGAGUUCAACUCAAUAAAAGUUCUGGAGUCUCACCCUCAUAAAAACAUUGUGACAUUCGGAGCGUCCGGUCAGGACUUUAUGCUGGUGGUAGCUUCGGGUUCUGGCAUCAGCACGUCCAAAGAAAAGCCCACAGAGAAGCAUCUGUUUGCUAUGGCCUCCUCUAAAGUUCGAGACGUGACGUUGCUCGUAGCCAGCUACAUAAACAGCGCACAACAGCAAAAAUCGGCGGCCCACCACCUUUCUGCUCCGGCCCUGAUGCUGGCUCAGUCUGGAGAACUGAAGAGCAAGGAAUCAAGAAGCAAAUCUCCACCGGCGACCUGCAGACCCAGCAAAGCCCCCACCUUACUUUGAUUCAUUUACUGGUGGAAUCUGUGUUUUUGUUCUUUCAGGCUUUGCCUCAGUCUUCUUCCUAGUGCAGUAAGAAGUACACUACCUAGGGAGUCAGUCAUUUAGUCUUCUCUUGGGCUUUUUUAGUGUUUUGAUGGUUGGCUGCCUAGAUAUUCCCAGAAAAAAUGAAGUUCUUACUAAGCAUUUUUGUCUAAAACUUCUUAAAUCAAUGUACAAUUACUUGACAAGAAGAGUGACUUAAGAUAUGUAGUCUUGUUUUAUGAAAAAAAAUGUAAGAAUUAAGUAAGUUUAUUGUAAAAACAAGCAAAAAAAUCUGUCCAUGGGGUGAGAAAAAUCAUCUUUUUUAAUUUAGUUUGACCUUUUUCUCAAGUACCUAAUUCAAGUUUAUUUUUUCUCACCCCAUGGACAGAUUAUUUUUGCUUGUUUUUUACCAUAAACAUACUUCAUUCUUAUAUUAUUUUUCAUAAUACAAGACCAAAUAUCUAAGGUCACUUUUCUUUUUUUUCUUUAAGAAUGUUUAGAUAUUUGUACUACAAAACAAGACAAAGACACUUAGUAAGAAUGUCAUUUUUUGCAGUGCACUUAGGUUGCUCGAUAUUCACCUAUCGUAAAAAUGUCACCAUUGGUUCUUCAGUCUUUCAAUUGAGCAGAAUUUGAGUCUUAUAAUGAUGCUGUACACUAGUGCGUGACAACAACAAUGAUGGCAUUUUGUGUUAUAUAAGAGUCUCAUGUGUCUGGACGUUGUAAAUUUAAAGGGAAUGUUCUCAAUGGUGAUUAUUAUUGGAUGUUGAUGAUUAUUUCAAUCAUCUGAAACUACCUUCAUGUAUUAAUAUUGUUUAUUAUUUGAGUGUCUUUUUAUAACUUCACAAUAAUGCACAUUUGAUUUUGAAUUAAGGUUAUGUGAAUUUGAAAGAAAUUGUUUUUUCAUGUUUGUCAAUUUCUUUAUUUUGGCUUGGGGAUGAAAUAUGACUCAGGACAUGCACCUGACAGGCUUGAUGAGAUUUACCCAAAUACACAACAUGGUAUGUUGGUACCUCUGUGUGAAAUUCAAAAAGAUGUAUUUAUUAUGUCCAUGUUCUACUGUAUAACGACCGAUGUAAGCUUGUUAUAAAAACAAUACAUUCCUAUAAAUACUAACCAAACACAUUUCUUUUAUAUUUGUGCUUAGUAUGAAUAAGUAAUUUAAUAUGAAACUAUUACUAUAUACAUUUUUCAGAGAUGUUUACUCACCUCAUCAUUUACAGGAAACUGUUAAUCGUGAUGAAAGACUGAGCAAUACCAUAGUUAUUUAUCCUCCUACGAUAUCACGUUCAUGUUUAAGCAUGUAGAGUAAGAACAUGAUGGGAAUAUACUUAAAAACAGGAAGUGCAUUGUGAUCUGUAGUAACAGUUGCAAUCUGUGAUGGUUGGGGUGUUGGUUUAGUUAUUACAAAAUGAAAUGGAAAGUGAAGUGAUUUUAAACUGCUAUUGUUUCAUGAUUGUGAUGUUGUUGAAUGAUGAUGAUGUCAUCAGAAAACUGUAUUUAUUCUGAAAUGUAUUAUCUAUAAAUAUUUUCUAUAUGAAACUAAAUAAAUAUUAUUAC